AACCUUUUGGGAAAGCGGAAAAUCGGCCGGCGAGGCCCGGAGGCGCCGCCCACUUUUUCGGCCCUCUACAAAGCGCAGCUGGGUUUGCGCCUCGAGCCGCCACGCCCUGGGGUCUUGGGCCUUGUUGGCGGCAAUUCCUGGCCCCUGUGUGCGCGGGAGAAGGAGUCUGGUGGGGCCGUGGGCAACACAGAGGGACGCUGGUGCGCGUGGCGAGCCCAGGCCGCAGCCGCAGGUUGUUCACCCUCUCCUGCCCUAGGGCGCAAGCUCUGCCUUUUGGUCGCCCGGUGCCGCUCCAGCUGCCAGGGAGGGGGUUUGUCUCUGCGACGGGAAAAGACCCGGACGGUGCUAAUGGUAUUGUAUUUCACAGCAAAUCUGAAUGUUUAAAGAAUGGAAUACAGAAAACCACAAAAAACUUCAGCUAUUGAUUUAAUCUCAUCUGAAAUUCUACAGGUGUGUCUUCUACCUCAGCAUAUCAAGGCAACAGGCUUCCCUUUCCUUGAAGCUUGAAUGAAAGACAUUCUUCCAUACAUCUCAGAAUACACCCGAGAGUGGUACUGCUGCAGCCAGCGGAAAUUUCAAGGGCAAAAUUGGGAAAUGGCAAUGGAGUAAAGUUGUAGUUGGACGCAAUACCCAUAUUUUAUUUUUAUGUGGUGCUGAGGAUCGAAUCCAGCGCCCUGCACAUGCUAGGUGUGUGUCUUAUAAGCAGUUUAUAGCAGAAUUUUAAGCCAGUCUGUGAAGGCCUCCUUUUUAGUAGGUGAAUGCUGGUUUUUCUUACAUAUCUUAUAGAAAUUUCAAGCAUUAUUUUUGACAACUGCCUUCUGCUGAAUGUUCACUGGGUGAAACUGAAGGUCCUCAGAAGAAAUAAAUUAAGAAGAACCUGUGCCUUACGUCCUUCCCAGCUGCUGUGGAUGGCCCUGACUCUCUUAACUACCCUUCCCAGUAGGAUGUCACUGAGAUCCCUCAAGUGGAGCCUUCUGCUGCUGUCUCUCCUGAGUUUCCUUGUGAUGUGGUACCUCAGCCUUCCCCACUAUAACGUGAUAGAGCGUGUGAACUGGAUGUACUUCUAUGAGUAUGAGCCAAUUUAUAGACAAGACUUUCGCUUUACACUUCGAGAGCAUUCAAACUGCUCUCAUCAAAACCCAUUUCUGGUCAUCCUAGUGACCUCACACCCCUCAGAUGUGAAAGCCAGGCAGGCCAUUAGGGUUACUUGGGGUGAAAAAAAGUCUUGGUGGGGAUAUGAGGUUCUUACAUUUUUCUUACUAGGCCAGCAAGCUGAAAGGGAAGACAAAAUGUUAGCGUUGUCCUUAGAAGAGGAGCACCUUCUUUAUGGUGACAUAAUACGACAAGAUUUUUUAGACACAUAUAACAACCUGACCUUGAAAACCAUUAUGGCUUUCAGGUGGGUAACUGAGUUUUGCCCCAAUGCCAAGUACAUCAUGAAGACAGACACUGACGUUUUCAUCAAUACUGGUAAUUUAGUGAAGUAUCUUUUAAAUUUAAACCACUCAGAGAAGUUUUUCACAGGUUAUCCUCUCAUUGAUAAUUACUCCUACAGAGGAUUUUACCAGAAAAACCAUAUUUCAUACCAGGAGUAUCCUUUCAAGGUGUUCCCUCCCUACUGCAGUGGGCUGGGUUAUAUAAUGUCCAGAGAUUUGGUGCCAAGGAUCUAUGAAAUGAUGGGUCAUGUAAAACCCAUCAAGUUCGAAGAUGUUUAUGUCGGGAUCUGUUUGAAUUUGUUAAAAGUGGACAUUCAUAUUCCAGAAGACACAAACCUUUUCUUUUUAUAUAGAAUCCAUUUGGAUGUCUGUCAACUCAGACGUGUGAUUGCAGCCCAUGGCUUUUCUUCCAAGGAAAUCAUCACAUUUUGGCAGGUUAUGCUAAGGAACACCACAUGCCAUUAUUAACUUUACACUCUACCAAAAAUCUAGAGAAGGGCAGGAUGCUUUGUGGAAAAGUCUUAAAGUUGGUGCUGUGGAGAACUCAUGGAAAAGUCAGUGUGCUGGCUCACACUGAACUGAGAUCAUGGAGAACACAUAGAUUGGAGGGCCACACAUUACUAGUGAUUUAUUUUGACAAAAUUCAAGUCCCUUAAAAGUGGUAUUCAGAGGAAUUAAAUAUCUUAUAAAGGAAUCAGGUUUUUGCCUGAAAAUUAAUAGGGCCAAACAUUGAACAUGUCAUUCUAUAGACUAGAAUUUCCUAAAAGGGUUUUCUUAAUUAUAAGCUCAUUAGUCCGUAACAGCAAAGCAGUGUGGAGUUCUAUUUAUUGAACAGUUUAGUCACUUAAGGGUUUAGUGUGUAUCUUACAUGGGUUACCAAUUUUUAAAAACUAUAUAGUUCUGUGUAAAAAAAAAACUUCACUGACAUUAUACUGAACAAAAUUAAUUAUAUCUGUUUUUGGUCAUUCAGAAGGCACUUAAAGAUGUUGCGGCAUUUUGGAGUUACCAGUUAUUAUUUAAUGUUACUUCAAACUUUCUGGGUGUUUAAAAUGUUAUUAUGGUGGUUUCAAUACUGUAUAAUAGAAUAGUGAAUCAAUUUUUAUAUUUGAGCUUUGUUCCAGUUACUUCAUUGAUCAGUUUAUUAUUGAUAGCCCCAUUAAUGUGAAAGUCAUAGUUCAUUUAUUGAGUAUCAGUACUCUCUUGGACUUCAUUUUAUAUUUUACUGUGGUAAUGUAAAGAAUAAUUAAAACAAGAAAAUCUGAGUUAUUGUCUUGUUUUUGAAGCUAUAGUUCUCAGUGUUCUUAGAUAUCACUUUAUCUGUUUCAUUUUUCCCCUGGAACUUAGAAAUUAUAUAGAAUGCUAGGCAGUGUAUUUCCUUUUAGAAAGGACUCUGAAGGCACAAAAGAAGGGAGAGGACAGAAUGUUAUGAGAAGAGUGUCCUUUAUCAGUAUUUGGGUUAGAAAAACAAGACUGAAGAUCCAAGUUGCAAUGUUAAUCUUACCCUGUGUGUUUUCUCAUUAACAAUCAACUUGUGAAUAAAGAGGAAAAAAAAGAAA